CUCUAUGUCCAUCCCUCCCUCCCUUCUAUCUCUAUGUCCCUCCCUCCCCUCUAUCUCUCUCUCUCCCUCCCGCUCCUCUUCGCCCUGCCCUUUCCUGGAGAAGUGGAACAUGUAAAGUUGAGGUGAGAGGACACGGAGUAGGGGGCAGAGGAGCCAUGAAUGUGUGUAACAGUACUGAUCUUCCAGAGGUGGAGAUCAUCAGUCUGCUGGAGGAGCAGCUGCCCCACUACAAGCUGAGAGCAGACACCAUCUACGGGUAUGACCACGACGACUGGCUCCACACCCCUCUCCUCUCCCCUGACACCAACCUGGACCUCACCGUGGAGCAGAUUGAGGAGACUCUGAAGUAUUUCCUUCUAUGUGCUGAAAGAGUGGGCCAGAUGACUAAGACGUACAGUGACAUAGAUGCUGUUACUCGUCUGCUUGAAGAGAAAGAACGGGACUUGGAGCUCGCCGCCCGCAUCGGCCAGUCACUGCUGAAGAAGAACAAAACCCUCAGUGAGAGAAAUGAGUUCCUGGAGGAGCAAGUGGAGCACAUUCGAGAGGAGGUUUCUCAGCUGCGCCAUGAUCUGUCUAUGAAAGAUGAGCUUCUCCAGUUCUACACUAGUGCAGCAGAGGAGAGUGAAGGAGAUUCGUCCACCUGUACCCCCAUCCGCCACAAUGACUCCACACUGUCGGUGCCAAGAUACUUCCCCCUGGACUCACUGCAGAAGAAACUCAAAGACCUGGAGGCAGAGAACAUCUCUCUCAGAUCAGAGGCCAGUCACCUGGAGACGGAGACAGAGGAGUACGAGGAGAAGGAGCAGCAGCUGGUCAACGACGUCGUCAAAGAGCUGAGAGAUGCCAACCACCAGAUGUCCACCCUGGCGGAGGAGCUGGCGAGGAAGACGGACGACGGGUCUCGCCAGCAGGAGGAGAUCACACACCUCCUGUCCCAGAUCGUAGACCUGCAGAAGAAGUCCAAGUCUUAUGCAGUGGAAAACCAAGAGCUCACCCAGCAUCUAGGGGCUGCCAAAGAUGCCCAGCGCCAGCUCACUGCUGAGCUGAGGGAGUUGGAGGAUAAGUAUGCAGAGUGUAUGGAGAUGCUCCAUGAGGCCCAGGAAGAGCUGAAGAACCUCCGGAAUAAAUCACUACCUCUCAGUACACCCCGACGCUUCCACUCCCUGGGCCUGUUCCCUAUGGUGUCAGAUGUUAACAGCAUUGUUUAUGCCGAGGGGGACUCUCUAGCUGCUGAGAUUGAGGGCACCAUGAGGAAGGGGCUGGCUAUGGAUGACCCGGAAGUGGAAGAGCAGAAGUUGCACCCCAAGCGUGUGUUUGAGACUGUGAAAAACAUUAACCUGAUGCGUCAGCGCUCCUCUCUGGCCCCGUCUCCCAUGAACAUCCCCGGCUCCAACCUGUCGUCCUGUCUGAACUCUGGCCGCUCCAGCUGCCUGUCCACGCCCCGCUCCAGCCUGUACGGAGGAGAUAUGGGGAGCAUCCUCAGAGACAACCACACCAACAGCUUCAUACUGGAGACGCCUGACCACAGUAUGGAUGACUCCAACAAGAAACCAGGGACCCCUGGAACGCCGGGCUCUCAGGAUCUGGAAGCAGCCCUGCGACGUCUCUCCCUGCGGCGGGACAACUACCUGAGCGAGCGGCGGUUCUUCGAGGAGGAGAGGGAUCGGAAGCUCCAGGGGCUGGUGGAGAAGGGAGAGGUGUACAACGGCAGUAUGACCCCCACAGAGAGCAUCAUGUCCCUGGGAGGAACCCACCCCUCUUCCAUCUGGUCUGGGUACUCCUUCAGCUCCCGCUCCUACCUGCCGGAGAAGCUGCAGAUCGUCAAGCCACUGGAAGGCUCGGCCACCCUGCACCAGUGGCAGCAGCUGGCCCAGCCCAACCUGGGUGGCAUCCUGGACACGCGGCCUGGUGUGGUCACUAAGGGCUUCCGUCCUCUGGAACUAGACCUGGAGCACAUGUACCUGUUCACUGACUUUGAGGAGGAGGACUUUGAGGUAGUGGAGGAGUCUGACCACCUGUCUGUCUCAGGCUCUACCCCCGGCUGUAGUGGCAUCUCCAUCCUCAGCCGGCAGGGCCUCCGUACCCGCUCCUCCUCCUGCUCCUCCUCCUGUAGCGGCAGAUCCAUCAACAACAACCUUCCAGAGGGCGAGACCGGCCCAGGCAGCACAUCACUGUCGUCCCCUGCACCUCCAGACAGAGAGAACCAGGAGAACCAGGAUCAGGCUGCAGCCGCUGACGGGGUGUCUGCCCACUUCCCUGGUAAAUGCAUGUCCAACACCAGCUCCACCUAUACCUUCACCACCUGUCGGAUCAUGCACCCCUCAGACGAGCUGACCAGAGUCACCCCCAGCCUUAUGUCGGGCCCUACUGCCUCCUGCGUCAUGACCAGCAGCAGCAGCGUCAGAUCUACCCCCUGCUCAACUCCUUGCACCCCGCGCCGCCUCAGCCUGGCAGCCGAGUCCUUCACCAACCUGAGAGACUCCACCAAGACCAUGAGCACUAGUGGAGGUCUGGUGCGGCUCCUCCAGGAGCGAGGCAUCUCUGCAGCAGUCUACAACCCUCAGAGCUGGGACCGGGCAGACUGUAGCACCUCCAUCCCCACUGGGGGGGUACUGUCGCUUCUACCGCCGCGGCCCCCCGACACCCUACCCUCCACGCCACCCAACUCCCCAACCCACCGCUCCCUCUGUGCCAAACCCAGCAGCCCCGUGGGCCCCUUCGAACUCAGUCCCAGCGCCCCGCCCUAUGACAACUUCCUGGCAUCGAAGCCGGCCAGCUCCAUCCUGAAGGAGGUGAGGGCAGAGGCCCAGAGCAGUGAGUCAGCAGACAGCGAGUGUCAGACUGACGUCAGCGUCCACAAUCUGAAGCUGGUGGACAAGCUGAAGCGCUUCAGCGUGGCUGGGGCUGGCCCCUCUUUAUCAGGGGCCACGGGGCCCACCAUGCUGGGGCCCCUCAGCGGCCUCCACCGCCCUUCCCACUUCUGCCCUUCUGUGGUGACCAGUCCCAUAGGGGGCCUCGGCCCCGCUCUGAACGCAGGCAUCCGCCGUAACCGCAGCUACCCGGCCAUGGUAGGGGCCGGCAUGGCUAUGAAGGGCCCGGGGCCCCAAAGCCCCACAGACAUGCUCCUGGCUUCUUCCUCCAAGCUCCCCAGACAGACUAGUCUCAAUGAUGGGUGAAUGAAUGUUGACUUUUCUCUUCUGUCUGUCACCUGUCAGAUGAGUUGGAUGUAUAUAUAGCUGCUGUAUGAGUCCCCGGUCUGUGACAAAUCAACUCUGUGCCUGAAAGAGAUGCCCUUUCUUUUUACAGUGCAUUUUGUAUCAAUGCUAAUUAUUUUGUCUUCCUUUCUUUCUCUAUUCUGUCUCGCUCUCUCUUCUCUCCUGUCCUCUUUCUCUAUUCUGUCUCUCUCCCCUCUCCUGUCCUCUUUCUCUAUUCUGUCUCGCUCUCUCUCCUCUCCUGUCCUCUUUCUCUAUUCUGUCUCUCUCUCUCCUCUGUCCUCUUUCUCUAUUCUGUCUCUCUCUCCUCUCCUGUCCUCUUUCUCUAUUCUGUCUCUCUCUCCUCUCCUGUCCUCUUUCUCUAUUCUGUCUCUCUCUCCUCUCCUGUCCUCUUUCUCUAUUCUGUCUCGCUCUCUCUCCUCUCCUGUCCUCUUUCUAUUCUGUCUCGCUCUCUCCCUCUCCUGUCCUCUUUCUCUAUUCUGUCUCGCUCUCUCUCCUCUCCUGUCCUCUUUCUCUAUUCUGUCUCUCUCUCUCUCCUCCUGUCCUCUUUCUCUAUUCUGUCUCGCUCUCUCUCCUCUUCUGUCCUCUUUCUCUAUUCUGUCUCUCUCUC